AUGACUGGUGGUAAGAGGUAUGGAACAAUGACCGGUGGGAGGAGGCAGGUGUGGCAACAGGUAUGGAACAAUGAGCGCUGGGAGCAGGUGUGGCAACAGGAGUGUGAGGGUCCUAGUGAGUGUAAGGGUCCUAGUGAGUGUGAGGGUCCUAGUGAGUGUAAGGGUCCUAGGGAGUGUGAGGGUCCUAGUGAGUGUGUGGGUCCUAGUGAGUGUGAGGGUCCUAGUGAGUGUGUGGGUCCUAGUGAGUGUGAGGGUCCUAGUGAGUGUGAGGGUCCUAGUGAGUGUGUGGGUCCUAGUGAGUGUGAGGGUCCUAGUGAGUGUGAGGGUCCUAGUGAGUGUGAGGGUCCUAAGGAGUGUGAGGGUCCUAGUGAGUGUGAGGGUCCUAGUGAGGGUCCUAGUGAGUGUGAGGGUCCUAGUGAGUGUGAGGGUCCUAGUGAGUGUGAGGGUCCUAGUGAGUGUGAGGGUCCUAGUGAGUGUGAGGGUCCUAAGGAGUGUGAGGGUCCUAGUGAGUGUGAGGGUCCUAGUGAGUGUGAGGGUCCUAGUGAGUGUGAGGGUCCUAGGGAGUGUGAGGGUAAUAGUGAGUGUGAGGGUCCUAGUGAGUGUGAGGGUCCUAGUGAGUGUGAGGGUCCUAGUGAGUGUGAGGGUCCUAAGGAGUGUGAGGGUCCAAGUGAGUGUGAGGGUCCUAGGGAGUGUGAGGGUCCUAGGGAGUGUGAGGGUCCUAGGGAGUGUGAGGGUCCUAGUGAGUGUGAGGGUCCUAGUGAGUGUGUGGGUCCUAGUGAGUGUGAGGGUCCUAGUGAGUGUGAGGGUCCUAGUGAGUGUGAGGGUCCUAGUGAGUGUGAGGGUCCUAGUGAGUGUGAGGGUCCUAAUGAGUGUGAGGGUCCUAGGGAGUGUGAGGGUCCUAGUGAGUGUGAGGGUCCUAGUGAGUGUGAGGGUCCUAGGGAGUGUGAGGGUCCUAGGGAGUGUGAGGGUCCUAGGGAGUGUGAGGGUCCUAGUGAGUGUGAGGGUCCUAGUGAGUGUGAGGGUCCUAGUGAGUGUGAGGGUCCUAGUGAGUGUGAGGGUCCUAGUGAGUGUGAGGGUCCUAGUGAGUGUGAGGGUCCUAGUGAGUGUGAGGGUCCUAGUGAGUGUGUGGGUCCUAGUGAGUGUGAGGGUCCUAGUGAGUGUGAGGGUCCUAGUGAGUGUGAGGGUCCUAGUGAGUGUGAGGGUCCUAGUGAGUGUGAGGGUCCUAGUGAGUGUGAGGGUCCUAGUGAGUGUGAGGGUCCUAGUGAGUGUGAGGGUCCUAGUGAGUGUGAGGGUCCUAGUGAGUGUGUGGGUCCUAAUGAGUGUGAGGGUCCUAGUGAGUGUGAGGGUCCUAGGGAGUGUGAGGGUCCUAGUGAGUGUGAGGGUCCUAGUGAGUGUGAGGGUCCUAGGGAGUGUGAGGGUCCUAGUGAGUGUGAGGGUCCUAGGGAGUGUGAGGAUCUUAGUGAGGGUCCUAGUGAGUGUGAGGAUCUUAGUGAGGGUCCUAGUGAGUGUGAGGGUCCUAGUGAGUGUGAGGAUCUUAGUGAGGGUCCUAGUGAGUGUGAGGAUCUUAGUGAGGGUCCUAGUGAGUGUGAGGAUCUUAGUGAGGGUCCUAGUGAGUGUGAGGAUCUUAGUGAGGGUCCUAGUGAGUGUGAGGAUCUUAGUGAGGGUCCUAGUGAGUGUGAGGAUCUUAGUGAGUGUGAGGGUCCUAGGGAGUGUGAGGGUCCUAGUGAGUGUGAGGGUCCUAGGGAGUGGUGUUUCUGGGACAGGGGUGGGUCGACCAAGCCGUCGUGUCGACCAGGACAUCGUGUCGACCAGGCCGUCGGGUCGACCAGGCCGUCGGGUCGACCAAGCCUUCGGGUCGACCAGGCCAUCGGGUCGACCAAGCCAUCGGGUCGACCAAGCCAUCGGGUCGACCAAGCCAUCGGGUCGACCAAGCCAUCAGGUCGUCCAGGCCAUCGGGUCGACCAAGCCAUCGGGUCGACCAAGCCGUCGGGUCGACCAACCAGUGACGAAUUUAACCCGGUCAAAUGCAAAGCUAUGAGGAUUGAAAGAGGAGUGCGAAGAUCACUACAGCAGUAUAGGAUAAAGGGAAGGCAGAUGCUUGAAUCACAAGAGGAGAAAGAGCUGGGAGACGAUAUAACAAAUCUGAUGCCAGAAGCCCACAUUAGCAGACUAACAUCUGCACACGGCAUGCAGGCCAUUGUCCACGUAUCCUUCACAGACGUGCACAAAGGAGCUUUCCUUUGGGCCUUAUAUACACCAAAUACUGGAGCUGUAUCAUACACGUUCUUAAUACUUCCCCAGUGUUCUCGGUCGUGUGACAUUCAGACAAUGCAACUGAAGGCUGCAAUCAACCUCAAAGUGGAUAAUCACAGUGAAGGUACUACAAUGGAACUGCAGUGGAGUUCGCAGUAUGAUUAG